UGAUCAGUUUUUUGUGUUUUGAGAUUGGGUGCGUUUCCACCAUUAAGACGCCAUCUCCAGUCCAGUAGAUGGCGUUUGAAGCAGAGAAAUAUACGUUUAACAAGCCACCCAAUCACGACUCUGCAUGUAAUUUCGUGUUUAGGAGGAUGGACAGCUCGUAUCUUAAACCAACGCUUAGUAUCAGUUCUAUGUGCAGUUCAUACUUCCAUGAUGCUGACAAGAACAGAUUCUCGUGAAAUAUUGGACGUGUUAUAGCUUUCAAACUUUCACCUUUGUUUUAUCACUGAAGGAAGACAGAAUAUUAUUGGUUCAUUUAAACUGAUUAGUUUUCUUUACGACUUUGACAAACAGGCUGUUGCAUAGCUCCGUUUCCCACCUGGAUUAAACCGAAAGAGUUAAAAUGGUGUUGCUGAACAACGUCUCUCCUCCAAGCGAAGGCGUUAGGUACGAGCAGUCUGAAACUACUGUGGUCUUGGACGGUAAAGGUCUUGGAUCAGGGACCUUGUACGUAGCGGAGACCCGCUUGUCGUGGUUUGAUGAGUCUGGAAAGGGCUUCUUUGUGGAAUACCCGUCAAUCAGUCUCCAUGCCAUCUCACGUGACAAGAAGGCAUACCCACAGGAGCACCUGUAUGUGAUGGUCAACGCCAAACUGAACGAGGACUGCGACAUGCCGGAGAAAGCUGAGGAAGCCCAUAAGAAAGAAAAUGCAGACGACAGCGAGGAUGAUGACGAUGACGAAGAUGACUCCUCGGCCCCAGUCACAGAGAUCCGCUUUGUGCCCAGUAAUAAAGCUGCCUUGGAGCCCAUGUUUUCUGCCAUGUGCGACUGCCAGGCCUUGCACCCCGACGCCGAGGACUCGGACUCAGACUUUGAGGGGGACGAAUAUGACGUGGAGGAGGCCGAGCAAGGCCAGGGGGAACUGCCCACCUUCUGUACCUAUGAGGAGGGCCUCUCCCAUCUCACUCUGGAGGGCCAGGCCACACUGGAGAGGCUGGAGGGCAUGCUAGCCGAAUCGGUCGCCAGUCAGUCCCGCAUGGCCGGCGUCAAAACUGAGGACAGCUCCGCAGCAUGCGAUGACGGAAUAGCGGUGGACUCAGGCCUAGUGAUGGAUUCUGGGAUCGCGGCUGAGGUUGGCCAGUUUGAGGACGCAGAUGUGGAUCACUGAUUGCAGAGUCUUCCUAUUUGAAGCACUUGAUGAGGGGAAGCUGAAGAAUAGCUUUUUUUGGCCGUAAACCCUAUCAAGACACUGAAUCUGUUUGUGUAGCCAGUAUCUGACAUUGACCAGCUAAUUAUUUGUCUUUGGGCUAAUGUGAUCCAUCGGCUCAGUUGCAUUGUACUUUAUAUGUGUGUUUAAUUUUGUUCACGAGCAGAGAAUAAUUCCAUUAGUCUUCAAAUCUGUUUUGUAAUAAAAAAAAUUAUUGUAACAGCAGGAUUGUUUGAAAUAAUGAGUUGUCCAUAUCAGCAACAGAUGGUCUGGGUAUAGCUAAAUGCCAUGUUCCGUUCCAUAAUGUGUUCAGUCAUAUUUCAGUCUUCCUCCUUAUUACACGGGCAUAUCCUCUUCCACUGCCAGCCCCUGUAUAUCUAUGAUAUUUUUAUAGUCCUAAGGAAGUAAACUGCAGUCCAGAAGGAAGGGUGUUGGUCCAAGCUUCAUUUUUACAGCUCAAUUUAACAGAUUACAUCUCCAUGACUGUCGGCUUUUGGAAGUGGCAUCAGCAAUUUUGAGAACUGAUUGGGCUUUUCCCCUUUAAAAGUAAUUACAGAUUAUGUAAAAAGCAUCGGUUUGCUCAAAACAUAUACUGCUGGUUAACCAGUCCAAACUGUGUGUCUCAAAAGGACCUCCAUGUUUUAAACAAAUCUAAAUUGUAACACUAAUGGAAAUGUGUGAAAUCACAAAAAUAAAUGCAUUAGAAGCAAGAACAUGAA